UUGAGGUCUCAUUAUUUGAACUUUAAUUCAUACAAGGUUAUGCGGAAUCCUUCCAAAAUGGAAUCCAGUCUUGGGAUACUUCUUGCGUUCUUGGCUCUUGCAAAAACAAGCAAUUGUCUGUCGUGCACAGUGUGUCUGGUUAAAGGGGCAACAUUCUGUACUGGCAACAACGUAACGUGCCCCUCUGGCAAAGUCUGUGUAUCUACCCACACGGUGAGCACCGAAGGUGGAAUCAAGAAGAAUGAGUUUUUUGGCAGAACGUGCAUGCCUCAGCACUAUUGUGAUGCCCCCGGAAGUUUCAGCAGCCGUACAAUGAAGUCCAGAAAGGGUAUUUCAUGCUGCGACACAGACCGGUGCAUUCCACCGGCUCCAGUAUUGCCAGAUGAUAGCACUCAGCCUAACGGAGUGGUCUGCAAAACCUGUACAGCCAACGACGCUGAAUGGUGCGACACCGAAGAGACCAUGAAAUGCGUCGGCAACGAGACCAAGUGCAUCCUGCAAAUAACCUCCAUGACAGGAACAUUGACACAACAGUCAGUCCUCCGUGGUUGCGCAACUCAGAGUAUUUGCAAUAUCGGCAAUGAAUCUGUAAUUACCGACGGAAUAAGCGUGAAUGUUAAGAUUUCGUGUACUAAUAGCGGCUUUGGUCUGUAUUGUGACUUCUUCUUUCAAACAGUUGCUGCCCUUGUGCUGAUAAAAAUGAUGUUUACUUCUAGCCACUGACAAAUCCCUUCAUCACUAUACGUGCCUAAACAGAAACUUGGGCAAAAGAUUGCAUUCUAAACUUUUGGCAAAUUUUUACUCUCAUAAUUUUCAAAAAUGUAUGCUGUUUUGAUUGAAUUCUGGAUAUGGAUAUCGAAAAUGACAUAAAUAUAUUUAUCAAUUUGUAUGCCUGUUAAUAAAUUAGAAUACGGGUUACAGACGUAGAUUUCGGAGACAUUUCACAACACACCAAAACAAGAAACAGAACAAAUUGCUCAAAACUAUAAAUAACUGAACAAAUUCUAUUAGUAAAACUUCUGGUUGAUAUCGUUAUUGUCCUAACCACCUGAUGACCCAAAUCUCCCUGUAGAUGUUGCGUUAUUACUGUUGCAAUUAGUAUGUUGUGUAACUAUAAUAAACUGUGGGAUUUUCCACUUUUAAAAUGUCAAA